AUGAAUGAUGUGGAAACCGUUACUGUCAAGCUCGCGGAGCUUCUCCGCCAUCCGGAGGACCUUGACAAGAUAUCCGCCCUAAAGUCCGAGUUCACUCGCAAGAAGGCUGCCGUAGACACACAAUUGAAAUUAGGGUUGAGGGAGCAGCUGGAAAUAACGCAAUCCGGCAUGGGCAGCAUCACAGAUGGCCAAAGAACCAUAAAUUUGAUCAAAGAGGAGAUGAUGAAAAUCGACAAGCUAUGUUCAGACUCCACCCAGAUGAUUCGAGACUUCCCUCAUAUCAAUCUGGUCGCACAAACGCAUCGCAACUUUGCGCAAGUGGAAACAAUGAAAAGAGAUAUAGAUAGGUUCGAAGAAAAGCUGGAUGAGCUCGAAGCACUACUACAGGAGAACGAACAAGACUUGGACACACAACCUAAUCUGCUUCAGGUGCAUUAUGGGUUGACCGAGCUUAGGAACAUCAAGGAUUCUGCGAUGGACCAAAUUAGAUCGUCGGCAAACACCUCAAUGGAGCUUCUCGAGAACCUUCAAUUGAACUCCGGCUACACUCUGCAAGAUUACUUCAACCGCCUAGACGAAUUGAUUGGGAAGUUUGACAAGCAUAUAGAUUAUGCUUGCAUGUCACUCAUCGAGUUUGUCCAGACGAACAAUCAUGGUAUGGUCGUAAGACUUGCUACCAUCAUUGAUGCGGAGGAGAAGAACGAUAAGAAGGCCAGAGCCCUCCAGGACGCACAGAAAGAAUAUAAGGAGCUUGCAGCACGUUUCAAAUCGAUAGCUUCCGGACCAAAAGAAGUACGAGGGUAUAAAGACAGGUUUUUGCAUUCAAUCGAAAAAGUUUGUCGAGAACAGAUGGACCAGGCGAAUCAAGCAUUCUUGAACGAGCCUGACCGGCUGGACAAGAAGUUGCGGUGGUACUUCAACGACCUCAAUACAGUCAAAAUUGGAAUGGUUACACUUAUGCCCAAGAAAUGGAGAAUAAUGCAAACGUAUGCGAACAUAUAUCACAAUACUAUGCAUGAUUGGCUCAUAUCCCGGGUUGACGCAGAGGAUCGAACUAAUGCUCACCUCUUAAUCAUCGCGCAGUGGGUCGAGAAAUAUUAUGCGAAAAUGAAGAAACUUGGUUUAUCCGAAGACGACUUGAUUCCCCACGUCAUCGACAACCGCAGUGACGAGCUUGUCCGCGAAUAUAGGCAGCAGAUUAUCAAAUCUGUCGAAGAGUGGAUGGACCGUAUGGCUUCCAAUGACAAGCAGACGUUCCUCUCAAGACAGGAAGGAUCUCUCAGUCAAGAUGAGAACGGCUGUUUCCGGACCAAGACACUGCCAGAUCUGUGGUUUAUGUUGCGAGAGCAAUUGACAGUCGCAGGAAACAGUGACCGGACUGAUGUCGCAGAGGGUGUCGUUGAAGCUAUGUUCCGAGCACUGACUGCGCGGCAACAGCUCUGGCAGAAUCUUAUCGACAAUGAGCUGCAAAAAUACUCAAUGCCCACUGCAGAUAUAGAAGGACUGCAGCCGCUCCAAGACUGGAUUGUUGCUAUUGCCAACGAUCAAAUCGCCUGCAUUGAUGAUGGUGACAACACAGAAGGGUCGGUCUCAUACCUCUCCCGAUUCUCACGCGACUUCACACCAUUAGUGUCUCCCCAAUACGCACAACAGGCUCUGGCGACAAGUGACAGUCUUCGUGAUGGCUACAUAGAUCUCGGUACGCACUGCAUAUCAGUCUUUGCAUCACUCAUUUUCGCUGUCGAUUUCAAACCUUUUCUGGGAGAAUUCUUUACACAAGCGUGGUACGGCCAGAAACGGAUCUCGCAGUUCGUCCUCACCUUUCAAGAUUACCUGUCGGACUACGAAGGGGUUCUACAUCCUUCGCUCCGGGACAUCUUGGUAGAAGAGCUUGCAGAUGAGCUACUCGUACGGUAUCUCAGCUCAGUACGCAAUAAAGGCGUAAAGUUCCGACGAAGUGACCCAUACGGAGACAAGAUCCGAGACGAUCUUGUAACAGCUUUUGACUUCUUCAAGCAAUUUCCAGCCUUUGACGUUAUAAAGCAGAAAUGGCGCGUCGUUGACGGCUUCCUCCGAAUGCUUAAUGCAGAGAAAGCAGAGCUUCCGGCUGUCUACGAACAAUUCAAAAUCGAUUAUUGGGAUACCAGUAUGAGCUGGGUUGAGGCUGUUAUGCGAGCUCGGGACGACUUUGACAGAAGUACACUGAACAGCGUAAAGGCAAAGGCUGCUGAAGUUUACGCAGAGAGGGGUCCGGAGACUGCUCCAAAAUCGCACUCGAACAAACCUGGACGCCCUACGAAAGUGCCACAUAAAUCGUCUGCUGCAGUGAAGGACAGCAAGGAAGCCGCAAAAAAGGCACAUUCACCACUGUCGCACCACGAAGCUCUACGCAAACGUGCCAUGUCGAAGAAAACGAAUGAUACUGCUCCUGGCGAGGACGAGCUAGCUCAACCAUCACCCGUCGUGCACCGUAAACUACCUCAAUCAUCUUUAAGCCGGAACGUGGAUGCGCAGCGUCGCAAGGCAGCGCACCCAGGUCAACGCAACCGUACAGCGGCAAAGCUGAGAAGGGAGUUCCCACAUUUGAAACCACGAACACGAUACAUUCCUCAGUCAGUAGUGAAAUCAAAAUGGACACAUCUUAGCGUAUCAGCACAAGACCAGGUCAAAGAGAUAUUUAAAGCUGCGAAAUGGCCUGUGGUAGCCUCGAGAAAGGAUGAGAAGCAUCGAAGGGAGGCAGAAGCGAUUCUCGGCCAACUUGUACAGAGACUCGAGACACGACUGCCGAAUAUGCCUUUUCCACCUAAAACAAAAGAGUUACAUUUCGAUCUGGAAAAACUGAUGGAGCGCAAUCGUCUUCUUGAUGGACAGCUCACUGCGUCACUACAUGGCGUUAAACUUCUUGAAGCUGAAAUAGAGAAAGAGGAACGAGCCCUCAGUCACGAUCGAGCUGUGAGCGAGCAGCUCGAAUCAAAGGCCAAGUUAGCCGAACAAAAACAUAGACAGACAGGCGCCAAGUUACACCCCUUACUCCGUAGCUCGGCAGCCACUGGGGACGACGACCACCCGGAGAGCAUAAAAGUCGCUUUUUCGACUAGGAUCAACGCCACUUCGAUAGAUGAAACAGAUCAGGAUCUUGUGCCAUUGCUGGAUCAGCUAAGAAAUCAUCUGGAGAGUAUGCAGGCCAAUGUCGCACCGAUCUAUGGCUUGCGCAACACAAUAGCCCAAGCGCAUUGUGCACUGACAGGCGUCCUUUCCGAGCACAUGGACUCAGAACAGUUCGUAUCCCUGCCUGGAUGA